UGAUCGGAAUUCACACAUUCUCUGGGUGUGACUCCACAAGUGCCUUUUAUGGCAAAGGGAAAAAAAAGACAUUUUCUGUUGCAUGUGAGAAAGGUGAGUACCUAAAGGCUUUUAAAAGUUUAGGUACUCACGGUGGCUCAGUGGUUAGCACUGUCGCCUCGCAGCAAGAAGGCCCUGGGUUCGAAUCCCGGUCGUUCCAGGUCCUUUCUGUGUGGAGUUUGCAUGUUCUCCUCGUGUCUGCGUGGGUUUACUCCGGGUCCUCCGGUUUCCCCCACCAUCAUAAAGACAUGCACCGCAGCCUCACCCCGGUUCGUAUGGAUGUGAAUGAAUGUUGGUGGUGGUCGGAGGGGCCGUAGGCGCUGAUUGGGGGAGGGGCCGUAGGCGCUGAUUGGCUGCCACGCUUCCGUCAGUCUGCCCCAGGGCAGCUGUGGCUACUGAUGUAGCUCCACCACCGGUAUGACUGUGUGUGUGUAUGACUACUGGACUCUGGACUGUAAAGCGACUUUGAGUGACUUGAGAAGCGCUAUAUAAAAUAAAUGAUUAUUAUUAUUAUUACUUGGAGCAGUCAACAUUUGCACUUCUUUGCCAGUAUGUGUGCCACUUAUAUGAUCAGCCAGCUGCCGAUAAUGUAAAUGAAGCUAGGUACAAGGCUUUCUGUAUGGCAUCAUCAGCCUUGCCAGAAAUAUGCAUUCCCCCAACUACUGAUGCCCUCCAACAGCACUGCAAACGGGCAAACUACCAGGCUGCAAUAAUGAGGUCCUGUCGCAAACAAAAAAGAAGUGCUCCAUCACCUGCUGGAUAUGGUUGGCAAAUAGAGGAUGGGACCUUGCACAUCACCUGGAUGACCAGAAAUCCGGCCCCUGACAGUGUUUUGCAUGUCAUACACUGCAGCUGCAAAGGUGCCUGUGAGACAGGAAGAUGUUCCUGUUUUUCUGCAGUAUUGUGUUGCACAGACUUCUGUCGUUGCUGUAAUUGUGCCAACACCAAAGACACCGAGCAACUGGAAGACAACUGUCCUGACACUGACAGUGAGGACUGAGCGUCCUUCAUAUGUUAUUUCUUUUGUAGUUUUGUACAGUUUUAUAUAUCAGUCAUAUUUUUCAUAAAGAUUGUUUCUUUUGUUCAUCAGUGUUGUUUUCAUUUGUGGAAGAAUGAAUGAACGAACAAAUGGUCAUUGGUAUAAGUACAAUUACUGCCUUUUACUGCCAAAAGACUGUACGUCCUACUUUUACUGCCAAAGACUGUACUUCCUACUGAGGUAGGAAGUACAGUCUUUGCCUUGAUUUCUUCAGUGUGUGCUGGGUGUUCACAGUCCAUGUUAGAUCGUCAGUAAGGUGUAUUCCCAGGUAUGUCAAACUUGAUCUAAAUGACUUAACAUAAGCAUAACGUGAUCGUAUAUUUGCCUCAUUGUUCUUAUUGGACGCGGCUAUGUAUACAGCACUAUUUAGAAUCCAUUUAGCCCUUUUAAGGGUGUUUUCCUCUUUAUCGGUAACGUUGAAUCCAACCACGGGAGCCGCCAUCUUGCCAUUCUGUUGACAAAAAGCAGCUACCUCAUUGGUGUAGACCGAUCACGUGUCGAACCGUGCCACCCCUCGUGACCAAGAUCCUAUUACGCUCUGAAGAAACUAGUUCGGCAUAAAACAUAGUCGCAUCGAGAAUCGACGGCAAAUUCAACGACGGACUUUUUUUUGGUAGGUUAGCACAACUCGUUCUUUUUUAUGAGCUAACGAUUGUGUAGAUACGCGACUGUGGAGCGGGUUGAAACGAAAACAGUGUUCACCUUACGGCCUACAUUGUAGAUGCAGUCCGACGCUUUCCAAACAUUCCUCCACCAUUAUUAAAGAUGGCCAUUGACAGUUUACAUGCAGUAUUCUGUACAAUGGAAGAUAUACCAAAUGAGCAAGCACUAGGUAUAAUCCCUCAACUACUGAAUCAGCUUUACAUCCUGCAGAACGAUACUGUCUUACGUCAAGCUCUUCUGCAAACACUAUAUGUGAUAACACAGAAAACAAACAGCAAAAAAAGCUGGGAUCCCAACUUUAUUGAGGAGUUAUGCAAAACAGUUGCUCCUUUUGUAAAGGACCAUCACUCCUCUGACAUUAGAGCCUUUGCAUAUGGCAUAUUUGCAAGUUUACUUUCAGUUGAACAUGCAGCCUCCUUCAUUACAUCGGCGGGGAUAACUUCAGUCCCUGAGUGUGUGCUGCCAUCUACAGAUAUGAAAAGUAAUGACAAGCUGGAAGAAACGCUUCGACGACUGAAAAAUCAUUUCAGCAAACCACACAUGGAAUGUGCAAACUGUGCAGCGUUGCCUGGACCCAGUAAAAAGUCAGAAAAGCAAGAAGAGCCAAAUGAUGAAGUGCACACUGCCUUUACUGAUCCAAAAGCAGCUCCGAUUGAGGAAUUGACUUUAAAUGUAAAGCCGUUUCCCUUCAGCGUCUCUGUGUCUUCAAAAACACAGAAAUGGCAACAAAUCAGCAAGAGGUGGAGGGAACCGUUAGAGAAGCUGCAGGGCACUGAUGAAAGUGAAGAAAACAGAAUUGGGAGCAUGAAAUAUGUGAAUGAUGCAAAAUUCCGCAUUGCAGUGGGUAGUAAUGGUACUGAAGUCUUCUUGGGGCUGAGAGAUGAUGGCACUGAAGUUGCCAUUAAGAGAAUGUCUAAACACAACUAUGAAGUGCUGAAGAAUGAGGAGGGAUUUCUACGACUUCCAGAGCUUGAUCAUCAAUCCAUUGUGCGAUAUGUUGAUGCAGCGGAGGAUAAGAACUUUGGAUAUCUUGGUCUUCAACUUUGUGAAUGCACCCUGGAAGAAUACAUCAAAAAUAAAGAUGAUUCUCUGCUGAUGAAGAAACUUGUCUUUCAAGUCCUCGAGAGUUUAAAGGUGCUUCAUUGUCAACAUCCUCCAAUUCUCCACCGGGAUCUCAAGCCACAGAAUGUUCUGAUCGAUGUUCAGGGGAGGGCCAGACUGGCUGAUUUUGGCAUAAGUAGACGGCUUGUCAAAGAUCAAACAAGUUAUCCUACAAGAAGUGCAGGAACAAAAUGCUGGAUGGCGAAGGAGACUUUAGCAGAUGGAGACAUACCAUACAAGUCAAGCACUGAUAUACAGGUGGCCGGAAUGCUCAGUUAUUACAUCCUCUCUGGAGGACACCAUCCUUUUGGGGACGAAUCCUAUAAAGUUGAGAGCAACAUUUAUGAAGGACUCUACACUUUGGGCCACGUUCAAGAUGUGGUGGCAAAGGAUCUCAUUGAGUGGAUGAUCGAUAAAGAACCAAAGAACAGACCUCAAGUGGAAGAAUGCUUGAGUCAUCCCUUCUUCUGGUCCUCUACAAAGAGAGUUCAAUACCUGAUAAGGAUUGGCAACAAGGAUGAAGCGAAAAAGUAUCGAACGGCUGACCAGGAACUCCUUUGUUCAUUGGACAAAUGGGCCCCAGAUGGAUCCUUCAAACAGUGGCAAACAAAAUUUUCCUCCGAGUUGGUCAAUAAGAUGGACACCAAGAACAAAGCCUACCCUGACAACACACUGGGAUUACGGCGCUUCAUACGGAACCUCGAUGACCACCAUGCCGUGGAGGCCGCUCAAGUUGACGUGUUGGCACUUUUUCCUGAUCUCUUUGGAUGUGUUUUCAAGUUUGCCAAGACCAAAGGGUGGAAUUCAGAGACCCCCUUGAAGGAAAUGUUUCAAAGAAAAGACAUCAGCUCUACAAAGCUGACAAUACGCCCUGAUGCUGAUCUGGGUGUCCCUGUUCAAGAGUCUCAACCCGGGGACCUGAAGUGAAGUUUAAAUCAAAAUGGCAUAAAGACUUUAAGCAGUCAGCGAUGGAAAAAACACAGACAAUUCUGAUGUUAUACUUUCUAAUCGUUGUGGUGUCUAGCCCAUGGCCCAUAGGAAGAAUUUGGUAAAAAGACCGCACAAAAAUAAAGUCUAAUAGAUAUUUUUCACACAUUACAUUGUCUGACUUAUAAUAGAAGAAAAAGCACAUGUGUUAUUAAUAUCAUUAGCAAUGCCUCGGUUUCCAGUAAGCCGUGACAAGGACCCUGAAACCAGAGCAGCAAUGGAAAGCAGCCAUAAUUAAUUUUAUUAUUUUGUCUUUUUCCUAAUAUGACAUGUCUAUUAUACACAGAACUAUUUUACGGAAAGUGACAGCAACAGUAAGUAUAUUAAAAAAUAAGGCUGUCGUACUAUUUUUAAGGGACAUUUUCUUUUCAUAUUAUGUUAUAUAUUGUAUCCCUUUACCAUUAUCCUAAGGAACUAUUUUACUUUGAUUCUGUUACCUUUUCAGAUGGUUGUAGUUGCAAGUUACUUCACAAAAUACCUAACUACUUCCACAUUUGAUUCUUUGUUUGAGAUUUUACUGUUAUUUUUUUCUAUCAUAUUGAAAUUUUAAAUGUUAUAUUCUUGUUCAUUUCCAUGACAUUGCUUCACUAUAUCGGCCGAAAAGACAACAAAGGAAUGGAUAUAAUGAACUGUAAAAUAUUAUAUCCUAUCCUGAUUUCUUUCACAAAAACGAAAAAUGUUGUUAUUACUUUUAGUUUUUUGAGCUCAUGGGCCUUAUCCCAUGACUUGUGACCAAAGCCUUUCAGAAUGAUUAUCAGAGGAGCAAAGAGGUUCAUUCUGUUUGACAAUAUUGAAUGUUGACUUCCAAGAUACAAAAUAUACAUAAAGCAUAGCCUGCAAUACCACAACAUGUUUUUCCAACAAAAACCUAAACUGUCUUACACGUUUUUUUUUUUUACUGCAUCUUUCUAGACCAUGCCAUUAAAAAAAUGAUUUUUGCCACAGACCUUUUAUAUAUGUUUUAACUGUCUCAUUAAGCGCACGUUAUUGUAAAUAAAUAAAAACAUAAUGGAACAUGCAUGCUUAAUUAUAACAUGAUGACACGGUUUUAAGCAGAUUGAGUGUCUCUCUGAACAUGUACUGUAAGUAAGGGUAUCAAAAUAAAUGGGGAAAAUUGUAAGAUUUGUUCUCAUGAUGUUUCUGAUUAUAGCACAACCUUAGUUGAAGGUCAAGUCUCCAUUCUCAAUUACUGUUUUAACUUGAUUAAUUAAAGAAAAGUUGGAAUAUUUUUUGUCUAAUGUGAUGUUAAAAUAUUUCUCUAUGAAUCACAGUAACUGGAUCAGACCAGUUUAGAUACUGUAUACCCCCACACUUUGUUUUCAGGAUUUCUUGUUGUGAAAGGGGUGUAACUUUCAGAUGUGUAUGAAUGAAUAUGAUGCCUUUUCAAAUGUUGAGAAGCUUAUGCCACAGACUACCCUGAGUAACCGUCUGAUACUUUUCGCUUGCAAGCAUUAAACGGAUAAAGACAA